UUGUUGGGUUUAAUAAUUUGUUCCGGGCGUCUCGGAUAUUGUCGAAAUUGGGGAGAUGAUGAAAGGAAUUUGUUGGUAGCCAUUCUACGUGCUUUGAGAAUCAGUGGGUUAAUUGCACGCAGGGUUUACGGCUGGCAGACCACAUUAGCCCACUAUAGCAAUCUAUUCAAAAUGCCAGCUGCAGAAGACCACAGUCAGGUAAUCCGUGAGGUGUGGGCAAAUAAUCUGGAAGAAGAAAUGGGACAAAUUCGACUAAUUAUUCAGAAGUACAACUAUAUUGCCAUGGAUACAGAGUUUCCUGGUGUUGUGGUAAGACCUAUUGGAGAAUUUCGAAGCACUGUAGAUUACCAGUAUCAACUCUUACGAUGUAACGUGGACUUGUUGAAAAUCAUCCAGCUAGGCCUGACAUUCAUGAAUGAAAAAAACCAGUAUCCUCCUGGAAUCUCAACUUGGCAGUUCAACUUCAAAUUCAACCUCACGGAGGAUAUGUACUCUCAAGAAUCAAUAGAUCUGCUGAGGACUUCUGGGUUGCAGUUCAAAAAACAUGAAGAAGAAGGGAUUGAAACCUCUUACUUUGCAGAGCUGCUCAUGACGUCUGGGGUUGUCCUUUGUGAUAAUGUUAAGUGGCUUUCAUUUCACAGUGGUUAUGACUUUGGCUACUUGAUUAAACUUCUAACCCACUCACGACUGCCUGAAGAAGAGCAAGAAUUCUUUGACAUCCUACAUUUGUUCUUUCCAGCAAUCUAUGAUGUGAAAUAUCUGAUGAAAAGCUGCAAAAACCUAAAGGGCGGUCUUCAAGAAGUUGCUGAACAGCUUGAGUUGGAGCGAAUUGGGAGACAGCACCAGGCAGGCUCAGACUCACUUCUGACAGGCAUGGCUUUCUUCCGAAUGAGGGAGUUAUUUUUUGAAGACAACAUUGAUGAUACAAAAUACUGUGGACAUUUAUAUGGCCUUGGGUCGGGUUUAACUAACAACCAUAAUGGGACAGCUGGUAUAUCGGAAGAAGAAACCAACAUCAAACAACACUGACCUUCACUGAGAUAUUUUACCAACUUUGUUUUUAACAGACAUUUUAAUACAGAAUGAAUGUUAUUCUCUUUGCACAAUUUUUGGAAAUAUUUGGCUGAAUAUUUUAAUAAGACUGGACAUUCAAUGUAUAAAACAUUUAUAAAUGCUAUCCUGCAGUUUUUUUUUAGAUAAAUUGAAGUCAUAGAAGGGAAGCCAAGGUUGAUGUUAAUCUGCCAAGAAUUAGUGGAGAUCUUUCAGUUUUUUGCUGAAAUGCUUAUUUUCUGCUUUACUUCUCUUACCAACUCAUUUUCCCCCUUGACCAGAUUAAUUUUCAUGGUGUUCUGAGUCUCAACACCAUUAACGUUUGCAAACAUGGGCAAUUAUGAGAAUUGUUUGCCUAUCCAUGCCUAAACACAUUCAUUGUCUUGAGUGGUAAACUGUUAUGGGUGAAAAAUGGCCUCAGCUCUAGAAUUUUCAUUGGAUUAAUGUUUAUCUUGCAAUACAGUAUUCACAAAAUUAUUCAGUGGCAUUGAGGGUGACAUUUAUGUAUCUUGAAAGAGAAACUGCAGACCAGCAGCAAUAUAGAAAUCUGAAAUUGUCAUUGUUCUAUUCAAUUGGUUUAAAAAGUAAAAUGCAAGAAAAUCAACUGUGAAUUUAACGUGUCUUGAAUCAGAAUCAGAAUCAGACUUUAAUCGCCAAGUACCUGUGCACAUACAAGGAAUUUACUUCCGGCAGAUGUUGUCUCUCUGCUCAUAACAAUAAUAAUGAUAAAUAUAAAUGAAAAUAUAGAUUAUACAUACAAGUAGUGCAAUCCAAGUAAUAGUUAGCCGACAGUUAACCGGCAGUUAACUGUUCAGCAAAGUGACCGCAGUAGGGAAAAAACUUCUCCAGUGCCUAUUAGUCUUAGUCUGGAGGGAUCUGAAGCGCCUACCAGACGGAAGCAGUUCAAACAGUCUGUGUGCAGGAUGGAAGGAGUCCUUUAUAAUGUUCCCCGCCCUCUUCUUCAACCUGGAAGAGUACAGGUCCACAAUAGAGGGCAGGGAGGCUCCAACGAUGCACUCGGCAGUCCUCACUGUGCGCUGUAGUCUGGUUCUAUCCUGCUUGGUUGUGCUCCAAACCACACAGUGAUGGAGGUGCACAGAACAGACUCAAUGACUGCAGUAUAGAACAGCAGCAAUUCCUGAGGCAGACCAUAUUUCCUCAAGAGCCGCAGGAAGUACAUCCGCUGCUGGGCCUUCUUCAGGAUGGAGCUGAUGUUCUGCUCCCACUUCAGAUCCUGAGAGAUGUGGUUCCCAGGAACCUGAAGUUCUCCAUGGUGGACACAGGGCUGCCGAGGACUGUGAGGGGGGACAUAACGGGGGGAUGGUUACUGAUCUUCAACAUGAACGGGUUUAUUUGAAAUUAGUUGUUCCAUUUUUUUUAUUAGAAACCUGUUAUAGAUGCUAAUACACUCAAAAGAAAAUAAUAAGCAUUUUUGUGUCAGUACUUUUUAACAAAACUAGUUCUUGUUUUCAUCAAAUACAAAUAACACUGCAAAUGUGCAUUAUCAUUCAGACUGUUUCUAUCCUAAAUCUGAAAGUGAUAGAUAACACUAGGUUGAGCCCGAUCUUCCAUUAUGACAUGAAUUAGGUGGCAAGAUAAAUGAUUUGUUUUGUGUUAGUUAAUUGCUCUAUUAAUAAUAUCACGAAUCUUAAAUUGAUCCAUCAUAAAUUAAUGAAAUAUCACAGCUUGUCAUAGGUCAAAAUUUAAUAAUGUUAAUUUUACUGUGACGAAUAUGCUUGUAGAUUUUAAUAGUUGAGAGAAGUCUCUUUAGUAUUUUUAAUUAUAAAUGCUUAAUUUACUUUGGCUCAUAAAACAAAUCUUCCUGUAAAAUGUUGUUUUAAGACUCGGUGCUUGAUAUGAGAUUGGAGUCAAUUGGUUUUGUGAACCUUCCUCCACUGAUCUACUUUGUAACUAAUUUGUAAUUAUUUUAAUACUGCAAGCCAAGCUAUCCAUCUUUUUCAAAAAAAAAAUCCGGAACCAAUGUAUUUUAAAUAAGUUUGUAAAUUAAAUAUUUGUUCUUUCAUGGA